AUGGCCGAGACUACGCCCAUCACCCAGCGCCUCCGGGACUUCCUUGAUGGCCUGAUUGUCCUGAAGGAAGAUCGCACCACCUACAUUCGCUCCGCAAAUGUGCUAGUUAAUUACGAUACACUUUGUGAACUACACGGAGCUGUCGAGAGUCAAUUUGGAGCUUUGGAUAGCGGAAACGAGAAGAGCUCCGAACAGUUGGAUGCUGAGCGCCUGCUCGAUAACUGUUUCCUACUGAUCUCAUUGUUGUUUCUCACGAUCGGGAGGAACCUCGACCCUCCGGCUACAUACGCACCCAGCGUUGUAAUAAAGAGGCUUUUAGUUCACCUUACGGAGUCGAGCAACUUCUCGAACAAAGACAUCUCCCCGGUGCACGAUACGCUUCGCGGGUUCAAAGAAGCGAUUCAGAACAAUGGAUCCACACACGACCUGCGGGUCAACGUACUGAUGGCGGCGAAGGUGGAGGAGUGCGAAGCCGUUCUCCAGGACCUCCAGGACAAGCUGAACCUGAUAUCACCCACGUUGUAUGGCGUGCACGAGCGGCUCGUGAGUCUGCGGCGCUGCAUCAAGGCCGCCGAGGCGAAGAAGAAGUUCUCCGAGUCGGAAAUUAAAGGCUAUCUCGACCAGAUCCAGCAGAUCGACGCGACCAAAAUCGCUGGGAAGUUUGUUGGCGACGAUGGGGCGGUCCCGGAGAAGGGGCAGAAACAGGUGCAACUCGUGAUGGAUCGGUGCUAUGCCAUGGCUGAGGAGGCAUUGAGCCGGCAAGGCGUCAUCGCCCCGGGACUGCUACACUAUUCCGAUACCCUCCACAAGGUUAAGCACAAGCUUGAGAAGUUUGAGCUUACUCAGGCGUGGUCGCUGCGAGAGACGGAUCUCUACGAGUUUAUGAUCAAGCUGAUGCAGUACGACGACGGCCGUGUUGACGGCAAGUUUGUCGCCGAAGACGGGUCCUCGCCGGAAGAGGGACAGAGUAUAAUACUGUAUCUGCUACGUCGGUCGUAUGCACAUAUCUAUACUCUGUUGAUUUCUAGCGAGCCCGUGAGCGAAGCCUUGACCCCGAUCUUUAACCAACUUCAAACCGUCCAGCGCUGUCUCAAAGAAGUGCAGAAAUUCGGGAUUGCGGAUCCACGGGAUCUGUACCCCUACAGCAUGAAGCUCUCAUCGAUCGAGAACAUGAAGGUGGAUGGCAAGUUUAUGGUAGGGAACGACAUCCCGGAGGGCCAAGGUCGCGUCGCGUCUCUGCUUGCAGAGUGCUUUGAGAUCUGUCAAGAGCUGAGAAUGAAUGCGCCCGAUAAGAGUCCGGCGCGGUAG